CACCACAACUGUCAUUAUACACCGAAUGUCGUGGUAGUAAAGUACGCCGCAAAAAAUAGACAUUUUGUGUAAUCAUUAUUUUAAAGGCGUACCUUUUACGUGAAAUUAUGAUCUGACGAAUAAUUGUGACUUCUAAAAUAGUUUCGUGAAAUAAAGUGAAAAGAUGGCUGGUGCUGGAGGGUUUUCACGUCGAUUUCUACAUGUCUUCUUGGAUUGUCUUCUCCUUUUACAAUUAGCAGAAUACGUACCCACAGCAUCGGCGGAAGGCCACUGUGUCUGGUACGGCGUGUGCGCCCCGCCGUCACCAGCUAAACAGACCAACUGCUACUACAAUGGAACAGCUCAACCUAUACAAGAUACUGGAAGGCCGAUACUCGAGAAGUACUGCCCGGACAUAGCUGCAGGCGGUCUCUCGUGCUGCAACGACGAGCAGCUUCACAACCUGAACGAGAACAUCGUCCUCGCGGAGAACUUCUUAUCGAGAUGUCCCUCAUGUAUGGACAACUUCUUGAAGCACAUCUGCGGGAUGACCUGUUCGCCGCACCAGAGCGACUUCUUGUACCCAGCUGAGGUCGCACCGUUUAACAGUACUCAUCAAUCAAUCAAGACGUUGGUUUACCAUCUCAGCUCCACCUAUAUGUCAGCUACCUACAACUCUUGCUCACAGGUGCAAGUACCUUCAACGAACCAGUUGGCUCUCGACCUCAUGUGUGGCGAGUAUGGCGCGGAGUACUGCUCCCCUAUGCGGUGGUUCACCUUCAUGGGAGACAGCAGCAGUCCCUACGUGCCCUUCCAGAUCGACUACACCAACGAUCCGGACCCCGAACACGGGAUCACCACGCCCUACGACCCUCCCACUAGACCCUGUAAUGUUGGACCUCCUGGCCAGCCGGGCUGCUCAUGCCUGGACUGCAGCGCGUCCUGCCCGGCGCCGCCCCCGUCACCGCCCGCAGCGCUCCCCUUCACGAUCCUGGGCGCGGACGGGUACGCCGUCAUCAUGGCCAUCGUCUUUGUCAUCUUCAGCACUCUCUUCCUAAGCGGAGUCUUCUGCUGUAAUCAACAGGAGAAUGUUGUCGAGGGCUGGGCGCGCGGCGCGGACGGGCGGCGGCGCGGCGGGCCCGAGACCAGCCCGCUGCACUCGCACCGCUCCAGUGUGGCGUCUGAGAACAACCAAGAAAUGGCUACAAAUCCUUCGUCAGCGGCGUGGGCGGAUCAGCCAGACGGCGCGGCCAGCGACGCGACCUUCUUCGAGAGACUCGGGGCCGAGACUGAGACCAGGAUGGAGGACUUCUUCCAGUGGUGGGGCACCAUCAUGGCGUCCAGGCCUUGGAUCGUGCUGUUUGUCGGUCUGUGCGUGGUAGUGGGCUUAGGUCACGGUAUCCGCUGCAUGCGCGUCACCACCAACCCGGUGGAACUGUGGGCCUCGCCCAACUCGCGCUCAAGGGUGGAAAGGGAAUAUUUCGACUCGCACUUUGAACCGUUCUACAGAACCGAGAUGUUGAUCAUCAGCUCCAAGGGUCUGCCGGAGAUUGAGCACACGACGCCCUCUGGCGUGGUGAAGUUCGGGCCCGUGUUCAAUGCCACGUUCCUCAAGGACGUACUUGACCUGCAGAACAAAAUCAUGAGUCUGGGCAACGAGACGGGCAUCCAGGACAUCUGCUUCGCCCCGCUGACGUCAUCGUUCCGCGGCCCCGUCACGCCGUCCGACUGCGCGCUGCAGUCCGUGUGGGGCUGGUGGCAGAACGACAUCGAUAACUUCUAUGAGGAUGAUAAUGAGUACCUCAAUACUGUGCUCCAGUGUGCCAGCAACCCGUUCACCCCGUCUUGCCUGGGCACAUACGGCGGACCUGUCCUGCCGAGCGUGGCUCUGGGCGGGUUCCUGUCCCCGGCCGAGCCGCUGUCCAAGCGCUCGCGCUUCCACCAGGCCACCGCGCUCAUACUCACCGUGCUCGUCAACAACAAGCAUGACAAGGAACAGUUGAAACCGGCACUACAAUGGGAGAAAGAGUUCAUCGAAUUCAUGAAGAACUACACGGAGACUCAGAUGCCUCCCUACAUGGACAUCGCUUACACAUCGGAGCGCUCUAUUGAAGACGAAUUAGACAGGGAGUCGCAGUCCGAUAUCUCCACUAUACUGGUGUCCUACUUCAUCAUGUUCGCAUAUAUUGCUAUCUCUCUCGGAAGAUUCACUAACUUCUCUAGACUGUUGAUUGAUAGUAAAGUCACUUUGGGAUUGGGAGGUGUAUUCAUCGUACUGGCGUCAGUGGUGUGUUCGGUGGGCAUGUUCGGUUUCGUCGGCAUCCCAGCGACGCUGAUCAUCAUUGAAGUAAUCCCCUUCCUCGUGCUUGCCGUCGGAGUUGACAAUAUCUUUAUUCUGGUCCAGACUAACCAAAGAGAGGGCAGGCGACCUAAUGAAACUGUUGCUGAACACAUCGGCAGAACGCUGGGCCAGGUGGGCCCGUCCAUGUUCCUGACGUCGGCGUCGGAGUCGGUGUGCUUCUUCCUGGGCGCGCUGUCCGACAUGCCGGCCGUGCGCGCCUUCGCGCUGUACGCGGGCGCGGCGCUGCUCGUGGACUUCCUGCUGCAGGUCACCUGCUUCGUGGCGCUGCUCGCCAUCGACACGCAGCGCCAGGCCGCCAACAGAUUCGACGUGUUCUGCUGCGUGCAAGGCACCAAAGCGGAGACUGGAGCGGAAGCGGGAGAGGGCGCCCUCUACAACUUGUUCAAGGAUGUAUACGUGCCUUUCCUCAUGAAGAAGGAAGUCAGGGCCUCCGUUAUGAUCAUAUUCUUCGCCUGGCUCUGCUCGUCGGUCGCUGUGGCUCCUCACAUAGAGAUCGGUCUCGACCAGGAACUCUCGAUGCCUCAAGACAGUUUCCAGCUGAAGUACUUCCAGCACUUGAACCGCUACCUGAACAUCGGGCCUCCGGUCUACUUCGUGGUCACUGAAGGCCUAGACUACUCGGAUAGGGAUACACAAAACAUGAUCUGCGGAACCAGGUUCUGUAGACCUGACAGUGUUGCUAUGCAGUUGUAUUCCGCUUACCGCACACCCAAUGAGACGUACAUAGCUCAGCCGCCAAACUCAUGGCUCGACGAUUUCUUCGACUGGGCCUCUCUACCUGACUGCUGCAAAUACUUCCCGUCGAACUCCAGCUUCUGUCCUAGCGAAAACGGUGCUCCCUGCAAGGCUUGCCACAUCAAACUGGAAGGCGAAGAGAAGCGUCCGAACGCUUUAGACUUCGAGCGAUACGUACCCUUCUUCUUACAAGACAACCCCUCCGACACCAGCUGCGUUAAGGGCGGCCACGCGGCCUACUCCCGCGCCGUCAACUACAAACUACACAACAAGACCCUCGCCGACGUCGGGGCCACCUACUACCAAGGGUACCACACCGUACUCAAGACAAGCUACGACUACUACUCAGCAUUGAAAGGCGCUAGAAGCGUGGCAGCCAACCUUACAGAAACAUUGAACCGGAAUCUGAGGGAACAAGGACGUAAUACGACCGUCAAUGUGUUCCCGUACUCCGUGUUCUACGUGUUCUACGAGCAGUAUCUGACGAUGUGGCCUGAUACGUUGAAGUCUAUGGGGAUAUCGGUGCUCUCUAUCUUCAUAGUGACGUUCUUGUUGAUGGGAUUCGAUCUCUUCUCUGCGCUGGUGGUAGUCAUCACAAUUACGAUGAUCGUGGUGAAUCUCGGAGGUGUGAUGUACUGGUGGGGCAUCAGCUUGAAUGCUGUCUCACUUGUUAAUUUGGUGAUGGCGGUGGGCAUCGCGGUGGAGUUCUGCUCGCACGUGGUGCACAGCUUCAGCGUGACGGGCGGCGGCUCGCGGCGCGCGCGCGCGGCCGGCGCGCUCACGCGCAUGGGCUCCUCCGUGCUGUCCGGCAUCACGCUCACCAAGUUCGGCGGCAUCAUCGUGCUCGGCACCGCCAAGAGCCAGAUCUUCCAGGUGUUCUACUUCCGCAUGUACCUGGGUAUCGUCGUGUUGGGCGCGUGUCACGGUCUCAUCUUCCUGCCGGUCAUGCUCAGCUAUAUCGGUUCGCCAGUGAACAAACAGAAGCUAGCCAAUCAGCUGCUGCGCGGCAAGGACGUGGCGGUCGCCGAGACGUCGCUCACUCGAGCAUAACCCGACGUCGGGGACGCUGGCGAGUGCUGUCGCGGCGCGGCCCCUCCUACGGCAGUCUAGAGGACACGCCGAGCGAGCCGCGCGCCUCGGGUAGCGGCACCGUCAACGGCCUCACGGACGAAAUGUAAACCUAGCAAUACUAAGAUUUAUAACACCACGGUAAGUCAUCUCAGCCGAUUAGUGAACUGACGCUGAACCACCAGGCUAUUCUAUGAAUCUUAGUGUUGAUCCAAGGUGAACUAAGGACUCGAAAGUGAAAUCUGUAGCAAAAUUAUAGUGUAAGCUAGAUUAAUCUUUCUAGAUAUAUACCUAAACGUUUGUAAAUGAUAUGCAACACAUUUUCAACCUACUGUUCUACAGCAUACGGUUGUAAAUGUAUUUUUGCGCUGUAAGCAGAUCUUGUAGUUAUCUGAUAAAAGUUAUUUGCUUGUGAUAUGUACUUUAGAUGUAAGAACUUUUUUGUAUUUAAGCUAUUUGUAUAUAAGGAGUAUAUCAAAGAAGGGAUGGAGGUAGAGUUUUUGGGACUUUUAUAUUCUAUUGAUAUUACUAAACAGAUUAAUAAAAUAAAAUGAUUAUAAUAAUAAAAAUAUAACUAAAUACAUUUUUGAUGAGCUGGGUUAAUGUAGAACAUAAAAUUUAUUAAAAUUAAUUAAAAAGUUUUCGUUUUCUUAGCCAUAAAUGUUAACAAUAUUGCUGGCUGUGAAAUGAAUGAACCGAAAAACAAAAGUUAUUAAUAUAUUUCGUUUCAAAAUAUAUUAAGCUGGUCGUCAGGGUACCUUCUUAAUCUAUUCCACCAAAAUUAUCCUGUGCUUUUAAUAAUAUAACUGAGUUAUCUUUAAAUAUGUAUAAGAAAUUUUAAGAGAUUUUCUUAUAAAAGUUACAUAACAUAACGUUACCCAGCUCAUCUAUAGAUAUUUUGUGUGUAGGUAUUUAAGUCAAUAAUAAUAAAGGAAAUAACGUGUAGACAAGUGCUGUCUGCGAAAAUUAGGACUUCUUACUAUAUGAUUAGCCUUUCGUGAUACUCUAAUGAAAUCAAUAUUAUAUAUACACUUAAUAUCUGAAGUAAAUACAUCUUUAUUGUUAUAUUAUUUAUGAUACAUAACGUCACUCGAUUGUAAACCUGGUCACAUACUUUAAAAAUGUAAUAUCAUUAUCUGUUAUCAAUAAAUCUGUGUGUAAAAACUAUGCCAAUCAAUUUGGUAAUUAAUACUUUAUUUUUGUGCACACCUUUACAGCAAAGACCAAAAUGAAGUUAUAAGCACCACCAACUAUAAUAUUUCUAUUUCUAAAUCCAUACUUAUCGAAAAAUUUACAAUUUUCUACCAAAUGGUAGGAUUACAAUCGGGUGACGUGAAUAUCAUAAAAAUGAGUGCGAAUGAUAGCGAUAUUAAUCAAAGUAUUAAGAAAGACAUGAGUAAAAAUACAUUCCUUGCAUUAUUCUCUUAAGCUAGGGAUUGGCAAGACAUUGUAAAUUGCCAGUUGAAAAAAUAAAGUCGCUCUAUAAGUAACCCCAUCAACAUUGCAAUGAAACAACGAUAAACUGGUCAUAUUAUUGCCAAAAAUAUAAGAAUUUGACAUAGUAUGUGGUGUUAAGUGUGUGUUUUACUAGAGAAUUUUACAGAUUGAUAAAUAUCUUUCAAUAAUGAUUAGUGAUCAGAAGGCAAAUAAAAACAUGUAGACAGGAAGUAGUAGAAAAUGAAGUUAUAUGAAUAUGAACAGAAUGAUACUUAAAUGUGGAGUCAUAUUUUGAAAAUUGCUGCCGGCUUUAGAAAGAAACAAUUCUCUUUUAAACUAAAAUAAAACAAUGUUGUACUUAAGUUUCAUUGAAAAUAUUUGUACAUUUAAUUCUAGGGGCAAUAUUUAAAACAUGACAACGCAUUUAAGUCAUUUAGUAUUAUCAACAGCACCAAUAUCUAUUUAAAGGACUGUUACUUAUGUGAGUGCAAAUGGUUUGGUAUUAUAAUCGUAGGAUAAUAAUAAUUAUCUUUGCACUAAAGUAAGGUAGUCUGAAAAAAAACACCAACCGAUUGCACUUGUAUUGUAUCAAAAGGCCUUAAGUCUUAAAUAUAAUGCUUUUAUAUCAAUAAACGUAGUUACUAUGACAAAGUCAUAUACUUAUCGUAUGAUAUCAAUGUAGUCUAUAAAUAAGGUAUUAUCUUAGUUAUGACACUCGAUUAUCUAUCCAAAGGUUGAUAUUAAAAAAAAAUAACGGCUUUCAAUGUGUAGAUAUUAGUUUUAAUUUUAGUCUGGCAACUUUAGCUAUAGUUCAUACUGUAUGGAGAAGGGUAUAUGGGUAAAGAAAAGUCAAUUGAUUACAUAUUUCUUCGAGGAUUAAAGCUUGUAAAUUCGAAUGGUCUCACCCUACGUACUUUCUAUGUAUUGACUGGUAGUCUAAGGUUAGCGAAGCUUUCUUUUGCCUGUGCCUUUGAAAGUCAAUUUGACGCUAAAGCAUACGCCAUUAAGCGGAAAAAAAAACGAUUCUCGGUAAUCGCAUUAAAUGGCUAAAUAAUAAAGUGUUGCCAUGCUUUAGUAGCCAAAUGUGGAAUUGUGUUGACGGAAUCUAAUUGGAAUCAUAACUGACAAUACAUAAUCUGUAUCUGUCAUAGUGUGAGCGUAGGUAAUGAGUAAAUAUCACUAAAUAUCAAAACACUUUUAAUAUCUGGAACGGCCUUAGGUAUUUAGAAACGCCUUAGAAUUCCAUAUGACAAAGUACAGAUCUGAUCAGAAUUUUCUACGUAUCCGAAAUCUGAUAUUAUAAAGGGUUGGAGUGACUGGUAAAUUAGCUUUUUCUAUGAUAUUAUUAUGUAUAUCAGUUGGGUCAACUAAGAUCUGGAAGAGAAUAAAGCAUCCAUUUUUCUUACAAUGAAAAUAGAACUGUAUACUUAACACCAUAAAGUAUAAAAUCAUUUGCCCUUGUAAAACUUACUACGAGUUACUGAGAGGCAAUUUUGCACGUUAAGGUUUAAAGAUUAGAGUUUAUUUUAGAGUGAUAUUCUCUAUUCUUCUUCCAGGUCUCAGUUAGCUCUUAGAGAUACCAAUAACUAGUAUGAAUCUUCCUUACUGUACCUAGCUUCUGUUAUAAACAGCCUAAUUUAUAGUUUAGAUUCUAUACAAUUUGUGUACAAAACUUUAUUAUCUAUGGAUCUAUAGUACUGUUAUCUAUACCUCUACGAAAUCUAUUUUUCGAAAGUUUUUGUAUAUAGGUUAUCAUUAAAUCAAAACUUUGAUUAUUAACUUUCAUGAAAGCUCUUUAAUAUAUAAAUUUAUAUGUUAUUUAUACAUUUUAAAUUUGCUUUAUUUAUAUAUUUAUUUUAUUCCAAAAAUCGACUCUGUCUUUUGUCUCUGGUUGUUUUAAAUUUUGCCCUGAUGUGUACUUACUAAUGUAGGUAUGAAAUUAUGUAAAUACAUGCGUACCAUAUAACAUUGUAUUUGAUGUCUAUUAUAAUUGUUAUAGUGUAAUUUAUAUGUAUUUUAUUCUAUCUUUGUUUCAUGAGAAACUUGAUGUAUGUAAAAUCUGUGUACUAGAAUUUUUAAUAAAAAAUAAAAAUAAUAA